AGUGGCCGGUAUUUCUCUGCGGAGGGGCACCGAGAUGAAGAGCUGCACUGACCCGAAAACAUGUGCCCCAGGCUCCCGUGGACUGCCUGCCUGCUCAGGCUUACUGCCUUCUGCAUCGUCUUCUUACACACAGCGGCUUAUUUCGGGCUGACAGCAAAGGAGCCCGUGGCGUUGCUGCCUGUGUCCCUCGCUGGAGACGUGCAGUCGGGCCGCGGUCACCUGAAGCAGUGUGAGCAGCUCAAGCUGACCCGCAAGCAGAAGCGUCUGUGUCAGAGAGAGCCGGGGCUGGCGGACACACUGCGGGACUCGGUGCGCCUCAGCCUGCUUGAGUGUCACUACCAGUUUAGAAGCGAGCGCUGGAACUGCAGCCUGGACGGGCGCGGGAGCCUGCUUAAACGAGGGUUCAAGGAGACCGCGUUCCUGUACGCCGUGUCAGCAGCGGCGCUUUCUCACUCACUGGCAAAAGCUUGCAGCUCGGGCCGCAUGGAGCGCUGCACCUGCGAUGACUCCCCCGACCUGGAGAACCGUGAGGCUUGGCAGUGGGGGCUCUGCGGGGACAACCUCAAAUACAGCACCAAGUUCCUCAAGAAAUUCCUGGGGCAGAGGAAGACCAGCAAGGACCUGCGGGCGCGAGUCGACGCACACAACUCCAACGUUGGCAUCCUGGCUGUGAAGAGUGGUUUGAAGACCACAUGUAAGUGUCACGGUGUUUCAGGCUCCUGCGCAGUCCGAACAUGCUGGAAGCAGCUCUCCCCCUUCCACGAGACGGGCCGGCUCCUCAAGUUCAAGUUUGAGUCAGCGGUGAGGGUUGUGAGUGUUACCAACUCUGCCAUGGGGGAAACCGAACUUGUGGGGCCACGUCGCUCCAGCCAUGCCCCCCGUGCCACCGAUCUGGUCUUCCUGGAGGACUCUCCCAGCUUUUGCCGCCCCUCCCGCUACUCCCCGGGCACCGCUGGCCGACCCUGCUCCAAGGAGACCACUUGUGACAGCUUGUGCUGUGGCCGAGGCUACAAUACUGCCCUGCGCCUCGUCACCUUCUCCUGCCACUGCCAGGUCCAGUGGUGCUGCCAUGUGGAGUGCCAAACCUGCAUUCAGGAAGAGGAGGUGUACAUCUGCAAACACUGAAGAGGGAGAAACGAGAGAGGAGAGGACAGAGGAGUGGAGAUAAGGGAGCAAUGAGAGAGAAUUGGAGAGGAGGGAGAGAGGAGAGAGGAAAGACAGAGGAGUGGAGAUAAGGGAGCGAUGAGAGAGAAUUGGACAGGAAGGAGAGAGGAGAGGACAGAGUAGUGGAGAUAGGGGAGCAAUGAGUGAGAAUUGGAGAGGAGGGAGAGAGGAGAGAAGAGAGAGGAGUAGAUAGGGGAGCAAUGAGAGAAUUGGAGAGGAUGGAGAGAGG